AUGGAAUGUCGAAACUUUGUCCGCGGCAAAAUUACCGGGCUAAAUAUCGACAAAUUAGUUUCGCUCGAAUCUGAAAACUAUUCCGAUCCAAUUUUUAUGGUUCGGUUGAUGGUUGAUAACCGAAUAUUGAGUUUUGAAAUGGGUCGAUUGAUAUACGAAGUUGUAGGCAAUGCCGUAGUCGAAAAUCGACACGUUGUUGUCGGAACUGGAUCGAGCCAGCUCAUUCUUGCUGCAAUGUACGCCCUUUCCGAUCCGUUAAACGAUCCGAAUCCAGUCAGCGUUGUGUCCGCCUCUCCAUACUACUCUUCAUAUCCUGAGAUGGCUGAUUUUUUACGUUCCGGGCUAUUCAAAUGGGCGGGCGAUGCACGAACGUUUGACAAAGACGGGCCCUACAUAGAGAUGGUGACCACUCCGAAUAACCCGGAUGGUUUUAUUAGAGAGCCCGUCGUUAAUCGGGCCAAAGGAAUGCCCGUUCACGAUCUUGCUUACUAUUGGCCACAAUACACAGCAAUUACUUCUGCUGCAGAUCAUGACAUCAUGCUUUUCACCGUUUCCAAAUGCACUGGCCAUGCAGGAUCAAGAAUCGGGUGGGCGAUUGUCAAGGAUGAAGCAGUCGCUAGAAAAAUGGUGAAGUUCAUCGAAGUCAGCUCAAUCGGAGUGUCGAAAGAGGCGCAAAACAGAGCAGCCACCAUUCUUGAAAUCAUUUCCCUUAGCUGCUGCACCAAAAGCGAUGACAACAAACUCGAGAAUUUCUUCGAAUUCAGCCAUGCACUAAUGGCCGAAAGGUGGAAGAAACUCAGAGAAGCGAUCAAGAACAACAAACUAUUUCACCUCGCCAAAUUUCCGAAACUGCACUGCAAUUUCGCCAAAGACUACACCGAAACAUAUCCCGCUUUUGCGUGGAUGAAAUGCAACGAGAGCGGUGUGGACUGUGAGAAGUUGCUAAAGGGGCAUAAGAUUUUGACAAGAAGUGGAAAGAGAUUUGGGAGUGAUGAAGAGUAUGUGAGGAUAAGUAUGCUGAGUAGAGAUGAAGAAUUUGAUCUGUUUUUGCUGAGGAUUUCAGCUAUUGUUCAUCAUGACAAUUAAUUUGAUUUGAGUUUUUUUAGGUUUUUUUAUUAUUUAUUAUUUAUUAUUUAUUAUUAUAGUCUAGUUUUGCACCCAUGGUCCUAACUAUUUAGGCAUUGUGGUGGAUAAGAUGCUUCUUACACUUGACAUUCUUGUUUUUGUUCAGGUGUUAUUUUAUUUAAAUAACUGUUGGGAAUAAUUUAGAUUUUG